AUGUCGUAGUCGAUUACAUCGAAAUUAAAAGCGACAACGUUGAACGCGAGACGUGAACGGCAGCGACAACGGCAUAUUUUAGAAAAUUUUAAAUAUUUAAAUUAAUUCACGUUUUUAGCGUGUUUACGUGAUGGUGGCCACCAAGUUAUAUGUUGGUAAUUUACCAGAAGAUGCUGACAAAGAGGAGUUGGAGCAGCUGUUUAGAAAAUAUGGCAAUGUUGUUGAAUUUGAUAUUCUCAAGGACUAUGGAUUUGUACACUUUGAAAAAGAAGCUGAAGCAAAAGCUGCAGCUGAUGCCUUAGAUGGUCAAGUACAUCAUGGAAACAACAUUAGGGUGGAGAUUUCCCGUAGCAAAGUGCGUCAGAAAGCUGGCAUGGGAGGUAAAGGAGAAUGCUACAGAUGUGGAGGUGAAGGUCAUUGGUCCAAGGAAUGUCCCAGAGGACCAUCCCGAUCUAACAGAGGUCGUGGUGGACAUGUUGGAGAUGGUUUCAGCCCUUAUGACAGGGAGCCUUACUAUCCAGACCCUUAUGAAUACUAUGCCAGAGCUCGCAUGCUGCCGCCACACCCUUAUGAGCGCUACAGAUUUGACCCCUAUGAGCGUCGUCUGCCACCUCCUCCACCUGUUGCCCGCGAGCCACUGUAUCGAGAUUUUGGCCGACAUUCACCUGACUACUACAGAAGGUCUUCCCCCCCAAGAGAUCCUUACUAUGAUUAUUAUGAGAGAAGGAGGCUGGCAGCUAUGGACACGUAUGGGGACAAAUUGAUCGGUUACAACCAAAGAGAUUUGUUUGACAGAGGAUCUGGGGGCCCAGCUGAUGAUUUAAAGCCGAUGGUCAGACCUCCCAUGCAAGGCAGAGUGCCAGGACCAUACUAACAGGAGAACUCACCUUGUCAAAAUCUUUUUCUGCUCACAUUAAAUGAAUUUUUUACCCCAA